GAAGCUCAUUCCCUCAGUGCCGGGUCAGAGGUGAGAGAUGGGCAGCCUGCACUGGCCUACGUGAAUAGCCACUGCGGCGACGCGAGCUGCAGGAGCCAGGUUCGUCCGGCGCGGGCCGCUCCGGGGCGGUGUGCCGCGGGCAUCUUCCGGGCAAGGCCCCCUCCACGCCUUCCACGCCUGCAGCCACCCUGCCGCAGGUGCCAUCCUUGGCCCCAACGUCUAGUUGCCGUCCUCGCUCAUCUUCUCCCUGUCUCUGUCUGUCUGUCUCUGUGCCCCCCCCCACCUCCCCAGGCGAGGACCGACUCGGAUUGAUGCCAUCCAUCCCCUCAAGGAGCUUGAAUCGGAAUCCGAGCCGCGUGUAGUGUCGGGAUGGCCGGGUUGCUCACGACAGCACUUUAACAUCCGUUCUGCCUUCUUCUGAGCCUGGACACCCUGGGAGUCAGGAAAACAGCUAUCACUUUAUGCUAAGAUGUCGGGAAUUGGAAAUAAAAGAGCAGCUGGUGAGCCAGGCACUUCUGUGCCUCCAGAGAAGAAGGCAGCCGUUGAGGAUUCAGGGACCACAGUGGAAACAAUUAAGCUAGGGGGUGUCUCUUCAACGGAGGAGUUAGACAUUCGAACACUGCAAACUAAAAAUCGUAAGCUAGCAGAAAUGCUAGAUCAGCGGCAGGCCAUCGAGGAUGAGCUUCGAGAGCACAUUGAGAAACUGGAGCGACGGCAGGCCACUGACGAUGCCUCGCUGUUGAUUGUAAACCGGUACUGGAGCCAGUUUGAUGAGAACAUCCGUAUCAUCCUUAAACGUUACGAUUUGGACCAGGGUUUGGGAGACCUACUCACAGAAAGGAAAGCUGUAGUUGUCCCGGAACCAGAACCUGACUCUGAUAGCAAUCAGGAGCGCAAAGAUGACCGAGAGAGAGGGGAAGGGCAAGAGCCAGCUUUCUCUUUCCUUGCCACUUUGGCCAGCAGUUCCAGCGAAGAGAUGGAGUCCCAGCUGCAGGAGCGCGUAGAGUCCUCCCGCCGAGCUGUGUCCCAGAUUGUGACUGUCUACGAUAAACUACAAGAGAAAGUGGAGCUCUUAUCCCGGAAACUGAACAGUGGAGACAGUCUAAUAGUGGAGGAAGCGGUACAGGAGCUGAACUCCUUCCUUGCCCAAGAGAAUCUGAGGCUACAGGAACUGACAGACCUCCUUCAGGAGAAGCAUCACACCAUGUCUCAGGAGUUCUGUAAGCUGCAGGGUAAGGUGGAGACAGCUGAGUCACGGGUGUCUGUCCUGGAGUCUAUGAUUGAUGACCUGCAAUGGGAUAUUGACAAAAUUCGAAAAAGAGAACAGCGGCUCAACAGACACUUGGCGGAAGUCCUAGAACGGGUGAAUUCGAAAGGCUAUAAAGUAUAUGGAGCGGGAAGCAGUCUCUAUGGCGGCACAAUCACCAUCAAUGCCCGGAAGUUUGAGGAAAUGAAUGCAGAACUUGAGGAGAACAAAGAGCUGGCUCAGAACCGACACUGUGAGCUGGAGAAACUUCGGCAAGACUUUGAAGAGGUCACUACUCAGAACGAAAAGCUGAAGGUGGAAUUGCGGAGUGCAGUGGAGGAAGUGGUUAAGGAGACUCCAGAAUAUCGCUGCAUGCAGUCACAGUUCUCUGUCUUGUAUAAUGAGAGUCUACAGUUGAAAGCUCACUUAGAUGAGGCGCGGACCUUGCUUCAUGGCACCCGGGGAACCCACCAGCGCCAAGUGGAGCUCAUCGAGCGAGAUGAGGUUAGUCUUCAUAAGAAGUUGAGAACUGAAGUGAUCCAGCUAGAGGAUACAUUGGCCCAGGUCCGCAAGGAGUAUGAGAUGCUGAGGAUAGAAUUUGAGCAGACCCUCGCUGCCAAUGAACAAGCAGGUCCCAUCAACAGGGAGAUGCGCCACCUCAUCAGCAGCCUCCAGAAUCACAACCAUCAGCUGAAGGGAGAGGUCCUGAGGUAUAAGCGGAAACUGAGAGAGGCCCAGUCUGACCUGAACAAGACGCGUCUGCGCAGUGGCAGUGCCCUCCUCCAGUCUCAGUCCAGUACCGAGGACUCCAAGGAUGAACCCACAGAGCCAAAGCAGGAUUCUGAGGACCUGUCCACCCAGUCCUCAGCAUUGAAGGCCUCUCAGGAGGAUGCCAGUGAGGUCAAGUCCAAACGGGACGAAGAAGAGCGGGAACGAGAAAGGCGGGAAAAAGAACGGGAGCGAGAACGAGAACGAGAGAAAGAAAAGGAGCGAGAACGAGAGAAGCAGAAGCUAAAAGAGUCAGAAAAAGAGAGAGAUGCUGCAAAGGAUAAAGAGAGGGGGAAACAUGAUGAUGGAAGGAAAAAGGAAGCAGAAAUUAUCAAGCAAUUGAAGAUUGAACUCAAGAAAGCCCAAGAGAGCCAGAAGGAGAUGAAGCUACUGCUCGACAUGUACCGCUCUGCCCCAAAGGAACAGAGAGACAAAGUGCAGUUAAUGGCAGCUGAGAAGAAGUCUAAGGCAGAGUUGGAAGAUCUCAGGCAAAGACUCAAGGAUCUGGAGGAUAAGGAGAAGAAAGAGAACAAGAAAAUGGCUGAUGAGGAUGCCCUGAGGAAGAUCCGGGCUGUGGAGGAGCAGAUCGAGUACCUGCAGAAGAAGCUGGCCAUGGCCAAGCAGGAGGAAGAAGCUCUCCUCUCUGAGAUGGAUGUCACAGGCCAGGCCUUUGAAGACAUGCAAGAGCAGAAUAUCCGCUUAAUGCAGCAGUUGCGGGAGAAGGAUGACGCAAAUUUCAAGCUAACAUCAGAGCGGAUCAAGUCCAAUCAGAUCCAUAAAUUGCUUAAAGAGGAAAAGGAGGAGUUAGCAGACCAGGUUUUGACUCUGAAGACUCAGGUGGAUGCCCAGUUACAAGUAGUGAGGAAACUGGAAGAGAAGGAACACCUUCUUCAGAGUAACAUCGGCACAGGAGAGAAGGAGCUGGGCCUCAGGACCCAAGCCCUGGAGAUGAAUAAGCGCAAGGCAAUGGAGGCGGCCCAGCUUGCAGACGACCUCAAAGCGCAACUGGAGAUGGCACAGAAAAAGCUCCAUGACUUUCAGGAUGAGAUCGUGGAGAACAGUGUCACCAAGGAAAAGGAUUUGUUCAAUUUUAAACGAGCCCAGGAGGACAUCUCUAGACUUCGAAGGAAGCUGGAGACCACCAAGAAGCCAGACAAUGUGCCGAAGUGUGAUGAGAUUCUGAUGGAAGAGAUAAAGGACUACAAGGCACGACUGACCUGUCCCUGCUGUAAUAUGCGUAAAAAGGAUGCAGUGCUUACCAAGUGUUUUCAUGUAUUCUGCUUCGAGUGUGUGAAGACACGCUAUGACACUCGCCAGCGGAAGUGCCCCAAGUGUAAUGCUGCUUUUGGUGCCAAUGAUUUCCAUCGCAUCUACAUUGGCUGAUGCAAGUCAAGAGAGACAUGCUGGCUAGACAAGCACUUAAUCAUUAACCACCAGCCUCUGCCUCUUCUCUCCUUGACUUUCUUAUGGAUCUUGCCCAGACUCUCCUCUGCAGUAGCUAGGCAGCUUUAGGGAAAAGGACUGGUAAACCCAAGUCUUGGGUUUUAGAAUGAACUAGAAACUACUAUUUGUCUUCCCUGCCAGCUUUAUUUCCUCCUUUCAAACUUGGCAGCAUUUUCUUCCUGGGCCUAUCCUAUAAACUUGGAUUGCCAUUCAUCCUGAAGAAGUCAAGUGGAUAUUUUUGACAAUGAGAAGGGAACAUAGAAUGAACAUGUUGUGCAGGAGGGAACUUUUAGAUAUAAGCUAUGUAUGGGCCCAAACUUUUGUUGAUUUGGCUGGCGAACCUUUCAGACUGGGAUUAUAAAAUGGUGUCAUUGUUCUCUCUCCUGAAAGGUUUGGAGCCUUAAUGAAUUAUGUCCAAGAUAAUUCAUUCCAUUUCUCACUGGAGCAAAGUGACUUUUAGGGUCAGCUGGAUUUCUUGUUAAAUUUAUUUAUGUUUUAAAUAUUCAAUUUCUUAAUAGUUUUUUAAUUUCUUGAGGCCAGAAUAGUUUCAAACAGAGUAGCCCCCUUUGUGUUUUAAUGAACUCAGCUUGGAGAUGAGGAAGGAGUAGGAGUGAGAUUGUGAAAAGAUCUGUGUAACCUGGGAAGGAGACCCAGCAAUGAAUUGUUCUCCUCCUUUCUGCAGGGAUUAUAUGAUCCUUGUUUUCCAGAAGUUUCUAGGAAAUGUUUCUGUAGGGCUUUACUAUUCCACAGGCAUCAAUUAAAAGCAAGAUUCAGUUUGCUUUUGGUUUUCUUUGUUUCUUUGUUUUACUAGUUGACUUUAUACCUGCUAUUCUAAAAAUGAAUUCUCUUUUUCUUUAUAUAUUUUUUAUUUUUCGAGGCAUGGUCUCUUGCUGUGUAGCCCAGGCUAGCCUGAACUCAUGGCAGUUCCCCUGCCUCAACUUCCCAAGUGCUGUGUCACAGUGAAAUGAAUAGUUUUCUCCCAGUUAAGGUGAGUCUGCUGAGGAGAGACUACAAAAGGGGACAGACUGUUCACCUUUCUUCCAUAGUUCACAGUUCAUAGUGGCUUUGGGUUGAGAGCUCUUGUGUUUUAUAGUAAUUAGUACAGCAGAGGUUUUUGUCUCUCUGGCAAGUUUUGUAUAAAGUGGAUCCUUGAUUCCUACCUGGCCUGGGUCAUGGUUCAGGGCUUAGUCCCAGUGCUUUCAUCACCAGCUUAUAAUCAGCAGGACUUAUCAAUUCUACCAAGUUAUGUGAUACAGAUUUAAGAAUUGAGUCUUAAUUGGCUGUGUUUCCCAUGUUUAUCAAGAGAGGCUAUAGGUCUGUUGAUCCUGCUGCCCAGCACACACACACACAUACAGCCAUGGUGGGAUUGGGUCCUGCUCCUAAAAACAGCCUUUGCACAGAACACUCACCUUGCAGCAGCAAGGUCUUACAUGGCCAGUGUGAACAUAACUAUAGAUUGAGGGACAAAAUUGAUUACUUGGUCAGCAGACGGUUUGUGACAUAAGCUGUUUAUGUCAAUUGACUUAGAAAGCCAGCUGUCUGGGUCUGUGGGAUGGUGUGGAGGAAACACCUAUUGCCUGGGAAGCUAGCUAGAUCGAGGGGAAGCCUGUCUAAGUGAGAAAUUGAGGUCUAGGCAACAGUGAGUCAGUUCUCAAGGUUGUUUUCAAAUAACUGGUAAUUUUUGGCCUGAGAUACUAUCCCUAUAGGGAAGGUUGUAAAUGGAUUUCAGGAAUGCUCCUGAAAUUUCACAUCAAUUUUGUUUGGGUUGUAAGUACAUUACUUACAGCUUCUCUUUCAGAUCCUCAAAGGAAUGUGUUAAGGUCUUAUAACCUGUUUCACAAUGCCUAAGAUUAGGACUUAGAAAGGACAUUGUCUUAACUUAGUUCUCCAACACAUAGUAGAGGCAUGUAGUACUCAGUAAAGGUUUCUCUUAUUAAUUCAGCUACCUAUUUUCUGCCAGAUGUUCAGAAGUCUGCUUGAUGGUACCUGUAUAUGUAUUCAAACCUUAUUUCUCUUCCAACCCCCUCUUUAUAUAUUGAAGUUACUCUUCAGAUUUCAUUCAUCCUCCUAUUUUUGACUAAAGGCUUAAUUUAUCGUGAUAACGAAAGGAACUGUCACACAUUUGGAAAGUAAUACCUCUAUAGAGGCAGCCUAUGAUAGCAAAAGGUUAGUAUAGACUAACCUUUUGAGGGAGUGUGUAGACAAAAUUGGAACCAUAGUGUAUUUACAUUGAUGCAAUAAUGAUGCACUAAGAGGAUUUCAGGCUACUGACAUCCGUGGAGUAGAAUGAUUUGAAAGGCUGUGAGAACCUAAAGGGCUCUCCGACCGUCUUUGGAGGUGAACAAGUAGGCCCAGGUCACUCAGAGCCACACACCCAAAAUGUGACUGUCAGAUUUUUACUUUUCUUUCUUGUACUCUGUGGAGACCUGUACCAAUAGUGUGUCAUUAGUGAGUUAAGAAAUGAAGGAACUGAGUAAUUUGAAGCCUUACUGAUAGUCCGUAAACCUUGACAGUUCCAAUUUAGGUAGACAGACCCUAGACUAGCACUGUGUUUUGGGUUUUGUUUUUGCUGUUUUCCUCUUCUGUUCAUUGAGAGUUCCGAUAGCACACUUUGUAGAGGGAGAUGAACCAGAGGGGUGUUUGGUUCCUCUUUGCUCUCCUAAUCCUGUUAGCAUUUGUGGAAUACUUAUCGUGAUCCCCGGCACUGCGGUAAACAUGCUUUUAAAGUCAAGAUCGCUCAGCUAAGAUGGCCUGGCACUUACUAGGAAGUUACUUCAGUUCUCUGUGCUUCAGCGUCUUCACCUGAAAAUAUCUGAGUUGUAUUGAAGACAAAGUGAAUCAUUGUAUAGGAGACUUUAAAUACAGUGCCUGCAUUUAAUAAAUGUUCAGUUGUUAAUAAAAUACUUCUAUAUUCUUUCUA